GAAUCUCUAUCUUGAAGCUAAGUUUACAUUCCACGCGAGUUGAUGGUGCCGAUUCUAAUGGCUGCUAUGGACCAAAAUAGCAGUAUCAGUUUAUGGCAGUGAGCACCAUAUGUGAACGUAUCGGGUUUCGAACAGAGGGUCCCGAUUGGCUAAAUUAUGGCAGAUAUAACCCUCAAACUGAUGUGGUACAAGUUAGGUGAGAGCGGAGGCAAAAUGGCGGAUUGGUACGAUAACUUGAAUUGGGAGGACCACGUUUUGGAUAUUUUACUCUUCGGAUGGAUUGCUUGGUCCGUUUUUCUUGUGAUCAUCGCAAAUGGCUUGUCUAAAAUUAUCGGACCCCUUAGAUUGCGGGUCUCUCAGCAGAAGAGGGAGACUUUAGGGGGCAGUAAUGCUCGAGUUAUUAGUAAUACGGAGAGUUGUCAGUGGCUAAACCACGGAAUCAGUUGGUUUUUUCUCAACUAUUAUAGACAAGCCGAGUUUAUCGAUGCAUGGAUCAAAACACUCAACGUAGAGGUAAAGAAAUUAGGGGGACCAGUACAAAUAAAGUUUGAAAAAUUAGAAUCUGGAAGUUUACCUCCCAAAUUUUCAGACAUAUCCUCACAGAUUGGUCAAGAUGACAAAUUUACAAUCCAAGGACAUGUGGAGUCACGUGACAUGGCGUUUGUUGUAUUUGCCUCUCAAACGACGAAUGAAGGCGUUAAACUAACGAACUGUACCGCCAAAAUAUUACGCCUCAAGGGCAAGGUGCGAGCGACUGUGGAGAAAAUCCGUGGUGAAGUUAAAGUAACAGCUGGAUUUAUAGGAAAACCAGAAAUUAAAACUAAUGUUAAACCAUCAAAUCCCUUCCAGAAGUUUGGUCCAGAUACUAACCAAGUGGAUCAAAAGGAGUUGGUUGACCUUGGUGUGGUUGACGAGGUUGUUCGUAAUGCGAUCAUCCUCGCUAGCCCCACCUAUAAUAUCACUGAUUGGAUGAUGACUGACCCUCAGGCUGCGGGUACAGCACCUGCUAAUGCUCAGGGAGGGCAGAAUGCACGUGGGGGUCAAGGUCAAGCAAGAACUGCCAAUCAGAUGACAUCAGGAUCAAACCAGUUAGCAUCAACAACAAACCAAAUGACUUCUGCAGCCAAUCAGUAUGCAGGAUCUGCUAACCAGUUUGCAAGUGACAUUUCGAAUGAAGUUUUUCUCGCAUCAAGCUCGCCGUAUCAACAAAGUGCCCCUGUGGCUAAGCCCCGCUCCCAACCUACCAAAGAACGCCUCCCACGUCCAGAAGCUGUUUUCGAGCCCAUUGAGGCUAGACAAUUUGAACCAACUUUUCAGGCUGCAUCAGUAACCCCAGCUAAACCUCCCCGAACGGCUGGAGAGAAGAGAUUGCUCGUUAAAGUUAUUAAAGCCAGUGGGCUCGCAUCAAAGGAAACUGGUACUGUAGAACCAGUUUGUCUUCUCUUACUGGAUGAUCCAGUACAAAACUACAGUACAAGUGCCGUUAAAAAUACCAUUAAUCCAUUCUGGGAUGAACAUUUUCUGUUUGAUGUUACCCAGGAUACCAGAGAAUUACGCUUAGAAGUUUAUGAUCGGGCAAAAUCACCUGGAGAAGAGUUUAUCGGAGAAUCUAUCGUGUACAUUGAUGAUCUACGUAAAACUCCAAGUACCAGACAGAUUUUAGCGUUACAGAGUCGACCUGGGUUUCUAGAUAAUUCAUGUGGAGCUUUAACUGUAGAGUUCCUGUUCAUGGAUCCUUCAGAAGCUGAUUUAUUAUUGGAUAUUUCUGCUGCCGCUAGCAACCAGAUCUCUCCUAAACGACGUAUCGAAACCGGUCGUACAGUGACACCUGGUGGUACCGUGGUUACCACUACGAGGACAACUACAGAGAAAUCACCUUACGGAAACCAGGACCCAGGAUUAGAUGGUUCUCCCCAUCUUGUACAAAAACGUCAUAUUAAUGCUGACUUUUCUGGGUCUGAAUGUAGUGGUGAGAGUUCGUCCCCUUUUAUCAUCACCAACGACAGUUCGUUAUCAGCAUCGUCAGAGUUGAUAGUUGUAAACGGUGUUGAAUCUGUGACAGAUGCUGCGAUUAGAGAGUUAUCAGAUCGUGCCAAACGUCCACGAACCCCAACUAAAACAAGCACGUUAGUCAUCACUGGGGUCAAGAGGGAACCUAUACCCAUCAUAAAGACUAUUGAGAGUACACCUACUGAUGAGACAGGUGAUAUGUCUAUAGCACGAGAUCGUCAAAUUCGAACACCCGACAAAGAGAAAAAGAAGAGUACCUUUGGUAGCGCCCUAAAGAAGGCGUUUGGUCGUAAAAAAAGAGCCCAUAGUGCGGACCGUGAAACGUCGAGUUAUAAAGAAGGACGGUUUCUAAAACCACCAGAACAACAUUAUGGUCCUCAAUCAAAAGAUGAUUUGGAGUUAGUCCGAGCCAAAGGAAACGCCUCCCCCAACUUAAAGAAAUCUCGCUCAUUAGGCGGAAGUUUAAAGAAACUUUUCCGUAGAAGUCGCAGGAGAUCGAAGUCCAGAGACAACUCACGAGAAAGUUCCUUUAAAAAUACAGGGUCACAGAAUCCAUCCCGAGACAGUUCUCUUAAUCGUUCUCAAAACAGAUCGUCAGUCUCUUGAAAAUAACUUAAUAUAAUAAUGUUGUUAUCUUCCCCUUUUGAACUGUAGUUAGCUUCACUGUCUUGCUACUGGUACCCUUGUGAUCUAGUCUAAAGCUUUCAGCUGGUCUGUCUUUAAACUGAAGGCGCCAUUCACAUACCUUAAGUCAGGUGAUGAUUCACAAUAUUGAUCAAUAACCAAAUUAGAGUUGCAGAAUUGAUUGGGGAAUAUUUGCGAUUGGUUUACUGUUAGUCCUGGAGCAUUGAAUUGGAAGGUCCAUCAAGAAACAAAAAUCCAAUGUGACAGAAUUAGCAGGAUCAGGAACACAAAUCCCAUGUGAAAAGUAAUAGAAAUGCUUCAAACUGUGUUAGUAUUCCCUUCCCUUUAAAAUUUAAAGCAUGAAUAUUGUGUGUAACUAGUUGCCAAGGGUACCAGUGGUAUAUAUGUAUAUAUAUGUAUAUAACGAUACGCUGACCAUCUUGUGAAUGUUUGUGUCCGAUUCAAAAAGCUACUGGGAAUGUCAAGUACAAUAAUUUAUAUCAAUAGAUACUUACUAACAAUCAUUACAAUAGCAGAGCUGGAUUACAGCUUUUCUCCAUCAGUUGGUAAUAGCUUCAGGUUAGGGCAAUGGCAUCCACACCAGCGUGAAGCCUGCUGUGGAAUAUAGUGGGGUUGGAUUAUGGGUUUUCUGGAGGAGGCGAUAACUUUGGGUUAGUGCAGUGACACCAUUAUCUGUUGUAAUCCAACUCUGAAAUAUAGCAGAGUUUGAUGAUGGGUGUUUUGGACCAGGCAAUAACUCUGGGUUAAUGCAGUGACACCAGUACCCGUUGUAAUCCAGCUCUGAAAUAUAGCAGAAGUUUAUUAUGGGUGAUCCGGCCAGCCAAUAAGUUUGAGUUAGUACAGUGAUGCUAAUUACCGUCAGACUCUGAAAUAUGUAAUGUAGUGUUUGUAAGCUUUGAGAAUUGAUUUACAGUCUUCGGCAUCCAUUAUAACUCUUGUAUGUGUCCAUGUAGUAUUCAAGUCGUCCUAAUCUAGUUGGUGUUUGGUCAAUGACAGAUAACUGGGAAGCUUGUGAUGUAAAAAAAGAGACGUAUAAUGUAUUCAACCCUUGACUGCUUUAAGACGUUUGUCUAACAACAAGCAAAUGCUUUUGAUUGGAUGCGACGAGUCGUGCGCUCGUCUGAUUAUAUUAUUAAGCGCUCUUGAGCAGUUUUUCAAACUGAAAUUCCAGCGCUCUAUAAAUAGAUGAUUAUUAUUUUUAUUAGUCAUGAGAUUUGACUACAUAAUUUAUGGACAAACAUCAGUCGACCGGGAAUACAUUGUAUAGCUUGACAGUUGCGAAACCGGAUGGCCAAUUUCUAAGCAUCUGAUAUCCGUAAAGUAAAAUCACCAGAUUCCUUUAAGCUAUUGAUGAUGUUUCUGUACCUGGUGAUGAAACAUCAACUAGACUAUGAUGAUCUUAAGAAUCGUCAUAUUUUGACAACUGUCCAUGUGCUCGAGUGUUUGUAGGUAAAACAAUUGUUUAUAAAGAAUGGUAAUAAAAUGCGGUUUUCAUAUAAAUAUGUAUGAGUCAAUAGUCUUUAAAACAUUUCACUUAUUUUAUUGUCUUUUUCUUCUUGAAAAGAUUGAAACCCCAUCAAAAUCCCCGAGAUGACGACUGACAAGCAUAUUUAGGUGUUUUGCUUUCAACUAUUAAGUGCCAUAAACAGCAAAGUGUGUACACUGAUAAUAAGCUAUAUUCUAUUAACCACUUCAAAAUUCACAUGGCCUACAAUUUUAACAGACACAAAACCUUGGGUCUUUGUUUUCAAUUGGUAUAGCGUUCUCUCCAGCCAUGUCCAAAAGAUCCAUGUAACAUUUUUGAAGACCUAUUUGUUUCUUGGCAUUGCGACGUUUCAAAAGAGUAAGAAACCAGCUAGGCUUUAUUGAAUUGUAGGCAUAAACCCGAGUUUGAAAAGGACCCGAGAUGGGGAACUAUCAGAAAAACUGUGUAUAAUAUUUUAUAUAAUAUGAAUAUUGAACACUGUGUCAUAUCAACCGAAUGUAUUUAUUAUAAUUAAUAAUUAUAGAAUGCAUAAUCAGAUUAAUUAAUUAAUUUACCUCGUUAAGUGUGUUCGUACUAAUUACAACCUCAACUAAAAUGUUGUUUUUUUGUUUAGAUUUGUUUAUAUUUUGAUUUGCCUGUUUGAUAUGAAAUUAGGGUGAUGAUUAGUGAUACCGUCUCUAUUUAUAUAUGUAACAUUAAUUAUGUAUCCAUCAAUUAAUGUCUUUGCAUUUAAUCAUUGGCUGCUCAAAUAUUUUUUUGAUUUUUUUUAUGGGAAUAUUUUAUGAAAAGAGGCCAGGAAAUGGCAGGAGAUCUAUAGCUUGUUUUAGAGAGGGAAUCUGUAUACUCUUCCAUUAAUAGAAAAUAUGUAUCAUUAAUAUUUGAUAUUAAAAGUUUUACCUAUGCAAUACAGGUGUAUCGUUCAAUUUAUAAUAAACUUACAGGUCUUAUAAUUACCUCCCUUGAAUCCAGAUUAGAAAACCUUAAAAUGAGUUUAUUAAAGAGUCUAUUUUCAGACGAGAUAGAAAGAGGCCAGAAAUUCACACGCGCUGUUUGAGAUACACCAGGUGCAAGCCCUAAACCUCCCCUAUCCCAAAAUUCCUGAAAUUCCUGAUAGACAAAUUUUCCUUAUCAAAUUGACAUCUCCAUUCUGCCUACAGACAACACCACUUCUUUUUAAUAUUGUCAAAUUAAAAAACCCAAAACAAUUAUAAGUAAUUUAUACUCUUAUUAUAAUCAGCAACAUGUUUGUUUUUUGUAAUUAAUUUAUUUUCUAUUUAUCUUUAUAAGAGUAUUAUCUCUAGUGUGUAUUGUGUGAUAAUAUGAAUACCCCAACUAGGAAUACUUUGUUAUAUUAUAGGUAGUAUAGUCUAAUUUUAUUUUCGUUUAAAGAUGCAUUAUGUAAGAGUUAUAUAUGCCUAUCGUCCGUCUUUAUUUUGGCUUCAAAUGUUAUAUAAACUAUUAUUUAGACAUAAUCAGGGGGGCUGGAUGGACGAAUGGUUAGCACGCGCGCGCUGUAUCAUACGGUCUGUCAAUGAGUCAACUGGCAGGGUUUCGAUUCAUCGGUGUGUACGUGACAAUGAGUAGGGUCGCCUGUACAACCUCGUGGGUGUUCUCCGGGUCCUCCGGUUUCCUCCCACUGCUAAAGACCCCUACGCGCAAGCGAAUUAUUGAAAUAAAAAAAUUAAACCCUAUGUUAGUCCCAAAAUGACCUAGUUUGUGUCGAGUGGACGUUAAACCCCAUUUCUCUCUUUACACCCAUAAUCAACCCUCCAGUCAGUCUCGUUUGUCCAGUACCGUUGCUAUAUGGUAAUAAAUGAUCCACGCUACAUCUUCAAACAGUCGUAACUUCCCCCAUAAUAAAGUAAUUUGAAUCAAAUUUUCACUAUAUUCAUUCUGCAUGAUCUAUUUUGUAACUAUUAUAACAUUUGUCUAAAUCUUACAUAAUGCAUCUUAUUUAUGUACUGUGAAAUUCUCACCGGUUGUAUUUAAGAUCAAUAAUCUUCUGAUUAAAUAUUGUUUUUUUUUUUUUAAUAAUGGUUUUUAUUAACCGUAAUUGUCUUAAAAUAAUAUGUAGCUAAAUAUAUAAAAUCUUAACAUUUGUGGUAAAAGUUAGUUAAUAAUUGUUGAUAUUUUGCUGGCAAGAUAUCAACAUUACAACUAACCACAGAAUAUUAUUUUGGGAUUAUUCUAUAAAUGCUUUAUUGGAGUAACCGCUGGACAAGCUUGAUAAACUUAAAAUACAGCAUUAUAGGGGUAUUCGGUUCAUAUUAACAAAUCUAUAAUAUUAUAUUAUAAGGUAUAAUAUUCUAUUAUAUGGUACAGUGAAACCCUGUUAAACGACCACCCACUGUUACGGGCCACUCCAGUAUACAGGCCCUAUUUUAAAAGAAUAUCCUGGGAUUCCAACUGGAUAUAAAGACCGUCUCACUCUUGUAUACCGUCCGUAUUUUAAAAGAAUUUAUAAAGUCUGUAUUCUGGGAUUUAAACUUGGUAUAAAGACCACCUCACUAUUAAGACCUAUUUGUAUCAAUCCAAGAACUGGCCUGAAUAGUGGGGUUUCACUGUAUAUGUUUGUUACAGUAGACUAGUGGGUGUUUUUGGUAGAUUUUAGUUUAUAUCCUGGUAGAUUGUAAGAAUCUAAAGUUAACUGGUUUAUGUGGAAUAAUACAGGGUAUGACUUGUGGUUUCAGUUAAAGUGAUAGUUGCAUUUUAUCUAAGAACGUCAUACCCUUCGAUAUAGGUUAUCAAUUCAUUAUUAUUAUACAAUCAUCGGAAUCAUUUUAAAACUUUAAUUAAAUUACCGCCCUUGUUUUUUUAUACGAUCUUUGGAGUUUGCAAAGUUCAAUGUUGGAUGUUGCAACUUGAAAAUGAUAUAUUUCUCUACUCAGGGGAUUGGAUGACAAGGUCUGUCAUUGAGUCAACUGGCGUGGUUUCCCCGGUUGUAUGUGGCAAGGAGUAGGGUCGCCUGUCCAACCUCGUGGGUUUUCUCCGGGUCCUCAAGUUUCCUCCCACUGCUAAAGACCCCUACGCGAAAG